GCCCACUUCCGUAGGCGGCGAGGCGGACAUCUUGAAGCUGCGGUGGGACGAGCGGCUCUGGCACGGCCUGCGACUGCUGCAAUCCAUAAGGCCGGCGGCCCGGGAAAAAAAAUAACGUUUCUCUUUCAGGAAACCUGUUCCAGGAUCACCAUGACGGAUUCUAAAUAUUUUACGACUACUAAGAAAGGAGAAAUAUUUGAACUCAAGGCAGAACUCAACAGUGACAAGAAGGAGAAAAAGAAAGAAGCAGUGAAGAAGGUGAUUGCAUCAAUGACUGUUGGGAAAGAUGUCAGUGCACUCUUUCCUGAUGUUGUCAACUGCAUGCAGACAGACAAUUUGGAAUUAAAGAAGUUGGUGUACCUCUAUCUCAUGAACUAUGCAAAGAGCCAACCGGAUAUGGCAAUAAUGGCAGUCAACACUUUUGUUAAGGACUGUGAAGAUCCCAAUCCCCUCAUCAGAGCGCUGGCAGUGAGAACAAUGGGCUGUAUCCGUGUUGAUAAAAUCACAGAGUAUUUGUGUGAGCCUCUGCGGAAAUGUCUAAAGGACGAAGACCCCUAUGUACGAAAGACUGCUGCUGUCUGUGUAGCCAAACUACACGAUAUCAAUGCACAAUUGGUAGAAGAUCAGGGAUUUCUGGACACUCUGAAGGAUCUGAUAUCUGACUCCAAUCCAAUGGUCGUUGCAAAUGCAGUGGCAGCGUUGUCAGAGAUCGCAGAAUCGCAUCCCAACAGCAACUUGUUGGACCUCAACUUUCAGACUAUCAACAAGCUAUUAACAGCCUUAAAUGAAUGCACUGAAUGGGGCCAGAUAUUUAUCCUCGAUUGUUUAGCCAAUUAUAGCCCGAAAGAUGACAGAGAGGCUCAAAGCAUCUGUGAACGUGUAACGCCGCGUUUGUCUCACGCCAACUCUGCUGUCGUCCUGUCCGCUGUAAAAGUUCUGAUGAAAUUCAUGGAAAUGUUAUCGAAGGACUUGGAUUACUAUGGCACUUUGCUGAAGAAACUGGCUCCCCCUCUCGUGACACUGCUGUCUGCAGAGCCAGAGCUCCAAUAUGUGGCUCUCCGCAACAUCAACCUCAUUGUACAGAAAAGGCCUGAGAUUCUCAAGCAUGAAAUGAAGGUUUUCUUUGUGAAAUACAAUGAUCCUAUUUAUGUGAAACUGGAAAAACUGGACAUUAUGAUUCGAUUGGCUUCUCAAGCCAACAUUGCACAGGUUUUGGCAGAAUUGAAAGAGUAUGCAACUGAAGUAGAUGUGGACUUUGUACGGAAAGCUGUGCGUGCAAUUGGGCGAUGUGCAAUUAAAGUUGAGCAAUCAGCGGAGCGCUGUGUGAGUACGUUACUUGACCUCAUUCAAACAAAGGUAAAUUACGUUGUCCAAGAAGCUAUUGUGGUAAUCAAGGACAUUUUCCGCAAAUACCCCAACAAGUAUGAGAGUGUUAUUGCAACACUUUGUGAAAAUCUUGACUCUUUGGAUGAGCCCGAAGCAAGAGCAGCAAUGAUAUGGAUAGUAGGAGAGUAUGCAGAAAGAAUUGACAAUGCUGAUGAGCUAUUGGAGAGUUUCCUAGAAGGAUUCCAUGAUGAAAGCACACAGGUUCAACUACAACUUUUGACUGCCAUAGUGAAGCUAUUCUUAAAAAAACCGACUGAGACACAAGAACUGGUGCAACAGGUUUUAAGCUUGGCAACACAGGAUUCUGACAACCCUGAUUUGAGGGACCGUGGCUAUAUAUACUGGCGUCUACUUUCCACAGAUCCGGUGGCAGCAAAAGAAGUUGUAUUGGCAGAAAAACCUCUGAUUUCAGAAGAAACUGACCUUAUUGAACCAACCCUCCUUGAUGAAUUAAUUUGCCAUAUUGGAACACUGGCCUCUGUGUACCAUAAACCACCCAGUGCGUUUGUGGAAGGCAGCAGAGGUGCUCAACACAAGAGGCUACCACCACGAUCUGGAUCAAAUGAAAGUACCGAGAGUCCUGAUGUGACUGCGACAGCGGCACCCCAGGCUGCUGAGCAACAACCUGCUGUUAUUCCUUCCCAGGGUGAUCUUCUGGGCGAUCUUUUGAAUCUUGACCUUGGUCCCUCUGUCAAUGUUCCUCCUAUCCCCUCUUCAACAGUUCAGAUGGGUGCCAUGGAUCUGCUUGGUGGUGGAUUAGACAGUUUGAUGGGCGAUGAGACUGAAGGGCUUGGUGGCGAUAUCGGUGGAAGUCCAGCAAUUGGCGCUGGUUACGGGACUCCAGCAGUAAUGCCAGCGUCCUUGAACGCCACAGUGGGAGGCGGCUUAGGCGACCUGUUUGAUCUCGCUGGAGGAAUGGGUGUACCGUCUGGUUCUUACGUGGCACCUAAAACUAUUUGGUUGCCUGCUGCAAAGGCCAAAGGUCUUGAGAUUUCUGGUACAUUUUCACGUCGUAUGGGUCAUAUCUAUAUGGACCUCACCCUGAUGAACAAAGCCAUGCAAGUAAUGUCAGACUUUGCCAUCCAGUUUAACAAAAAUAGUUUUGGAAUGGUCCCAGCUGCUCCCCUGCAGAUCAAUGCACCACUUACUCCCAACCAGACCAUUGAGGCUUCCCUCCUUUUGCACACAGUUGGUGCAGUAAUGAAGAUGGAUCCUCUCACCAACCUGCAGGUGGCAGUGAAAAAUAAUAUUGAUGUCUUCUACUUCAGUUGCCUGUACCCAAUUAAUAUAUUGUUUUUAGAAGAAGGAAAGCUGGAUCGACAGAUCUUUUUGGCAACAUGGAAAGACAUUCCAAAUGAAAAUGAAGUACAAUUUCAGAUCAAGGACUGCCACCUUAAUGCAGAUGCCGUCACUGAUAAGCUCUUUAACAAUAAUAUAUUUACUGUUGCAAAGAGGAAUGUUGAAGGACAAGAUAUGUUAUAUCAGUCUCUGAAACUGAGCAAUGGAAUCUGGGUUUUAGCAGAGUUACGAAUCCAACCUGGCAACCCUAACUACACGGAUUUGGAGUUAUCGUUGAAGUGCAGAGCCGCAGGGGUAACCCAACAUGUUUUCCAGGCAUAUGAGAUAAUGUUGAAGAAUUAAGCAAUUUGAUGACCUAAAUCUGGCAGAAGAUCUUGGCGGUUGCAGUGUUUAAUUUUCCUUAUUUGUUUCAGAAGCCUAUAAGCACUGAUAAUGGACAGAAUUUAUAAAUGUGACACCUUGGUGCCACUGAAGAAGUUACGUUAUUGUGAAGGGUAUUUCUCGUAUACUCAAGAUCCGAGUAUGCUGACCCAUUGACACUAAAGUCUAUUGUACAAUCUUAGUAUAUCUAAAUCCAUUAUUCUGCUAAUAACUAGCUUUAAAUACAAGAUUCAGAUAUUUGCAAUGUUGAUUUGUCUCAGAACCCAGUCAUAUGAAUGUAAUGUAAUAUCAUGACAUGGUGAUUUGCGGCGUAAGUGAAGAGGCUGUGCUCUGUCCACCACCAUUCCAGCAGUAGGGUAAUCGUCCUUGUUUCAAUUUGUACCUUCCUCAUGAUGUGCGGUGUGAAUUUGAAAUUUUGUGGUAUGACAUUUUGUGUAUUUGUACACUAGUAAUAUGGUUCAUGCUGAUAAUAUAUGCUUUGGGUUCCACCAUUGCCGAUAAGGUGUUGAUCAGUAGUCAUAUCAGAAAUAAACUGGACUUGUGGGGGACAAACUACCCAGGUGGCUGAUUUGAAUGUGUAACAAAUCAUUUUAAAUCACUUUAUUUUCCAACAUGACUUGUGUGAUGAUGCAUAAAAGUUGGAAACAAUUAA